CGCCUUCUUAUUAUCCAGGCAAGCAGCUUCCGUGUCCAGCUGGGGCUGCGAUUGUCACAUGAUGCAGAGAAUAGGAGAAACUUUCUAUCACGGAAGCAGAAUUAAACAGUAGCAGAGAUGUUCGUAGGAUGAACCAAGGUGUUAAAACAUCGUCUGUCCAACGUUGGACGACACACGGCAGUUGGAUAAACACUGAAACAAAGCAUGAGCUAGAUUUCACUUUUAGGUUGAACAGCGGGGAUGGUUUCUGUGAUUUGGACACGGUAACAACGUAGUAGCUACACCGCACGGUGCCAAACACACACCAGCCAACACACCGCCACUCUGCUACCGGGCAUGAAGUGCCUGUUGAUCGCAAGUGAGAGCGCCGAGGUUCUGUUUCAUUGGACCGACAAGGAGUACGAACUGAACCUGCAGGAACAGUAUGGGGCGUUCCAAGAAGAGGGGGAGCGGCCCCCAGCCUUUGAGGACAGUAUCAACACGUUGUUCGCCCCCAUCAUCAUCUCCUGUAGCACCAUGGUGGACAGACUGGGAGACAGCUACACCUGCUUUAGCACUGAGAACAACCACACUUACGUACUGCACCAGUUUGACGAGUGCCUGUACAUCGCUGUAAACGGGGAUGGGGAGGAGGGAGAGAAUCAUCUGAAGAGGAAGAUCUACGUCAUGAAGAAGAUGAUCGACGUGCUCUUCGGCAUGGUCACACUCAGUAGCACCCUCCUCAGGAAAGAGCUCCGCCCCCAGGACACGGAGCAGAGGACCAGGCUGUGGAAGCAGCUGCAGAGCCUGCUGGAGACCUACAGCCGCCUGCGCGAGAAGGACCAGAGCUUCCUGGUGGAGGCGGUGGAAAGACUGAUCCACCCCACCCUGUGCGAGCAGUGUAUUGAGUUCCUGGAACGUCGCCUGGUCCAGCAGAUCAACACCAGUGUGGAGAGGGCUGGAGAGGAGGUGCUGCAUGCCUUCAUACUGGUGCACACAAAGCUACUAGCCUUCUACUCCAGUCGUAAUGCCAGCAAUCUCACCUCCUCCGACCUCCUGGCCCUCAUCGUCAUGGUGCAGGACCUGUAUCCUAGCAACAUCGAUCUGGACGACUCGAACCCAGAGGAUGUGGAGAACACGUCCGGCCCUGAGAUCUUCUACACCCCAAAAGCAUCCCCCACAGAUGGCCAGUCUUCUCCUACAGACUCAGCAAGUUCAGGCAGGCAAGAAGACAGGAGUACUCCUGUGUUUGAGUUUGUGGAUCCAGACAUACAGAUGGCUGAAGACAGCCUGCAGACCCUGCAGGCCCCUCCCCCUGACCCGGCGACCCCGUGCAGAGUCUUCCUGGAGGUCACGCUCAAGGAGGGCUUUUAUCCCAUGAUGCCUCACUCCAUGUACUGCCUCCCACUGUGGCCUGGGAUCACUCUGGUUCUUCUCACUAAGAUCCCUAACAGCUCCGUGGCCACGUCUGUGUACUCCUUCCUGGAUGCCUUCGCCCGGCUGGAGAAGCGCCUGAGCGAGGGCCAGGAGGGCUCAGCAGCCACCAGGGGGCAGCCUACCAUCCAGGAUCUCCGCAGCAAACUGGACAAGUUCAUCAGAGCCCUGGGAACCAGCGACAUUCAGACGUCACAUCUGCAGAGCGUGUGGACGGAAUUCAAGAACAAAGCCUUCACCAGAGCAGGGACUGGCUUCACCAAGGAUCUUCUGCCCUGGUGUCGCAGCAUGAAGACCCAGCUGUGUGCAGUCUACAGACAGUGCUUCAUCACAGACGGAGGAGGAGGGCCGCAGCGCCUCUCUCCUCACCUGCAGGAGCGAGCUCUCACCAUGGUCCAGGAGAAGCUGAUGGACUGGAAGGACUUCCUGCUGGUAAAGAGCAAGCGGAACAUCACCAUGGUGUCGUACCUGGAGGAGUUCCCUGGUCUGGUCCAUUUCAUCUACGUGGAUCGUUCUGCUGGCCAGAUGAUCGCUCCGUCCCUCAACAUCACAGACCGCGCCAACUCUGAGCUGGGAAAGGGGCCGCUGGCACACUUCAUCAAGGGCAAGGUGUGGAGCCUGGUCGAUACGACGCGACGCUACCUCCAGAAGGGCCACUCAACCGUCACGCUGAGAGAUGGAGAUUACUACUUCUGCUACUUCCUGUGGUUUGAGAAUGAAUCGGGCUACAAGCUGGAGGUGAUGGACCUGCCCAUCCUGUCUGAUGACUCCGCCCCCAUCGGGAUGCUGGCCUGUGACUACUACAAGAAGUUGCUGCGCCUCUACAGUAAGAGCCACCAGGGGGAGGUGGUGAAGUGCUACGAGCUGCUGACGGUGCACCUGGGGGUGAUCGCUGCCGACUACAUCCUGCAGCACUGCAGCCAGCUAGCACGCAAGCUGUGGGAGCCCUCACGCAUCCCCCUGCUGUAGACACACACACACGCACGCGCAUACACACUUAUACAGUUGAGACCAUAUCAUCAGAUCAUAUACGUACACAGACACAUACAGUUGAGAUACACACACACAGACAAGACAACACAUUCAUGCAUGCAUACAUACAUACACAGUUAUAACAUGCCAUCUUUCCUUCCUUCAUGCAUGCAUGCAUACACACACACACUUGAAAACAUACACGCACACACAGACAAGCGUUCACAUUACACAGACACAUACAGUCAAGACACGCAGUGAGACAUGUACAGUAUACCUAGACACACACAGACAUACACACACAGACAUACACACACAGACAUACACACACAGACAUACACACACAGACAUGUCCUCCCACCGCUCGAGACAAACACAUGCACGCACAGACACAGCCACGUGCCAACUCUAAGAGCCCACUCUCUUAUUUCUCUCUUUUUCUCCUGUCUGUCGUCUCCUCUUUUUUCUGCUCCCGCCCUCCCUCCCUCCCUCCCUCCCUCCCUCUCUCUCUCUCUCUC